GUAAUGACUGAGGGAUAGAGCAGCCACACAUAGGUGUGCAGUAGCUGGACACACAGGGGACACCUCCAGGUCCGGCAUCACGGAUAGGGGGGCAAGUGCUCACACCUCUGCAGGGCGGCAGGAAAGUUUUAUGUCUGGCAGAGGCGGGGUGAGACAGGGGGCAGCAGCGGGACAGGGAGGAGAGAGGAGCGGAGGCUGCUGCUGUGUGCAGGAGACAGGGGAGGCUGCUGCUGCUGCUGUACACCUGUGUGUGUGUGUGUAUGUAACAUCUGGUCAGUGUCAGGAUGUGGUCACUGGGGGACUGAGCGCUGUGUGUGCUGUUGGCCACUGACUGUGAUAUAGGCUGUGCUGUGAGUGUGAUAUAGGCUGUUGGGUGUACUGUCUGCUGGGUACAGAAGUGAUAUAGGCUGUGCUCUGUGAUUACCUGUAGGCUGCGUGCACUGCUGCUGCACGGAGUGUGAUAUAGGCUGUGUGCUGUGAUAUAAGCUGUGUGUGUGAUAUAAACUGUGUGUGUGAUAUAGGCUGUGUGUGUGAUAUAAGCUGUGUGUGUGAUAUAGGCUGUGUGCACUACUGCUGGGGCACCGACAUCUCAUGACAGGGGCUGGUAGUUAGCAGGCGCACACAGCCAGCAGCAGCAGCAGCUAGAUACGGGCGGGCAGGGUGUGAGUGAGCGGUGUAUGUAGUAUAUACGGGGAGUGUGUGUGUGAGGGCAGCGGGCUGGGAGCAGCCGGCCGGCAGCAGCAGCAGGGUGACCGCACUCCUCCUGUGACUUUCCCCCGGCACGGUGUGCCGCUGCCCCCUCCCCCGUCCUCCGAGCGGCAGUAAGUAUGAGGCUGAAGCCCGGCUUCCUCCUGCGCAGCCUGCUGGUGCUGGCCACUUUCCUGGCGCUGCUCAUCCUCUGGUCCUCGCUGUCCUCCGGCCGGAGCGAGCCGCACUCCCAGCUGGCGGCCCGGGAAGAAAAUGCAAAUCUCCUUCAGCCUGGUAAAUUAGAAAAUAACAUUGUUCCCAAAAAUGAAUUCCAACCAGUGGUUGUUUGGCCCCAUGUUGAGGGUGUAGAGGUAGACCUCGAGUCUAUCCGCAGGAAAAAUAAGGUCCAAAAUGAGCAAGAUCGUUUGGAUGGGAAGGCUAAUAAUCAGAAGAACGUUGUGCAACGAGAGUUUCUUACUUUUAAACCUCAGAAACAUGUGUAUCCAGAACCAGUGGUUCGUUCUGGAGUCCUGGGAAAUUUUGAACCCAAAGAACCAGAGCCUCAAGGUGUGGUCGGAGGCCCGGGAGAGGAAGGAAAGCCAUUUAUUUUGGGUUCUGACUACAAGGAAUCUGUCCAGGCCAGCAUUAAAGAAUUUGGAUUUAACAUGGUUGCCAGUGACAUGAUCUCAUUAGAUCGAACAAUUAAUGACCUGCGUCAUGAAGAGUGCAAGUAUUGGCAUUACGAUGAAAACCUACUCACAUCCAGUGUGAUCAUUGUGUUCCAUAAUGAAGGCUGGUCUACACUCAUGAGGACAGUUCACAGUGUUAUUAAAAGAACCCCUAGGAAAUACCUGGCUGAGAUUGUCAUGAUAGAUGACUAUAGUAAUAAAGAGCAUUUAAAGGGAAGGCUGGAAAAUUAUGUCAAGCAAUGGAACGGUCUUGUCAAAGUAUUUAGAAAUGAACGUAGAGAGGGACUGAUACAAGCAAGAAGCAUUGGAGCACAGAAAGCUAAAUUGGGACAGGUGUUAAUUUAUUUAGAUGCACACUGUGAAGUAGGGAUUAACUGGUAUGCACCAUUAGUAUCUCCCAUCACCAAAGACAGAACUGCUUGUACUGUUCCUCUAAUAGAUUACAUUGAUGGCAAUAUUUAUACCAUUGAACCCCAGCAAGGUGGGGAUAGCGAUGGUUUUGCUCGAGGGGCCUGGGACUGGAGCAUGUUAUGGAAACGAAUUCCAUUAGGCGACAGAGAAAAAGCCAAACGAAAGCAUAAAACCGAACCUUAUUGGUCCCCUGCCAUGGCUGGAGGAUUGUUUGCUAUUGAGCGAGAUUAUUUCUUUGAGUUAGGUCUUUAUGAUCCAGGGCUUCAGAUCUGGGGAGGAGAGAACUUUGAAAUCUCUUACAAGAUCUGGCAAUGUGGCGGAAAGUUAUUAUUUACACCCUGUUCACGUGUAGGACAUAUUUAUCGUCUACAUGGGUGGCAAGGAAACCCACCUCCGGUCUAUGUGGGAUCAUCACCAACACUGAAGAACUAUGUUCGUGUUGUGGAAGUCUGGUGGGAUGAAUACAGAGACUACUUCUACGCCAGCCGCCCUGAAACCAAAGCCCUUGCCUAUGGGGACAUUAGUGAGCUGAAGAAAUUCAGAGAGGACCACAACUGCAAAAGUUUUAAAUGGUUCAUGGAGGAAAUAGCGUACGACAUCCCUGAACACUAUCCACUGCCACCCAAAAAUUUGGAGUGGGGAGAGAUACGAGGCUUGGAGUCCAGCUACUGCAUAGACAGUAUGGGUCAUACAAAUGGAGGUCUUGUAGAACUUGGGCCUUGUCACCGAAUGGGUGGAAACCAGCUUUUCCGAAUUAAUGAAGCGAAUCAGCUGAUGCAGUAUGACCAGUGUCUGACUAAAUCACAGGAUGGCUCAAAAGUCAUGAUCACACAUUGUAAUUUAAAUGAAUACAAGGAAUGGCAGUACUUUAAGAACUUACACCGAUUCACCUACAUUCCGUCUGGAAAAUGCCUGGAUCGUUCUGAGGUUCUUCACCAAGUGUUAUUGUCAGACUGCGACUCCAACAGAUCAUCACAGAAGUGGGAAAUGAACAACAUUCUUGGUGUAUAAAACGUAACAACAACACACAGAGAUUUCCAUGGCUGAAGACAGCCUCAAACCUGCUGCAAUUAAAAACUCUGUACAGUCAACACCCUUCUCGACUUAAUGAAGGAUAAUGAAGACCUACAAGUAGAACUGGGUCAUCCUGCAGUUAAUGUUUACAAGACUGCUUUCACCUUAAACUUUUUACAUGUUUACAACAUCUUGAUUCAAGGUGUUUGUAAAAGUGCUUCUAGCUCUUGUUUGUAGGAACAAAGCUAAAGACGAUAUUUUUGGGAUUAUACUCAGGGGUUGGAAGGUAGUUUUUAAUACACACUUGAAAAUCAUUUGAUUAGUCAGAUAAUUAUGUUUCUUGGUGAUAAACUAGAGCUCCAUUCGAUUUCCAAUUUAUUUUAUUCAAAGCACUGCCACGAUGUAUUUUAGCAAUGGUGGCCUUUGUCCGUGCUGCUGUUUUGGAUGGGAAAAUAUGAAAUAGUGCCUCUUUAAUUUUUUAUUUUUUUCAUAUUCUAGAUCUAUAUGAUGUGUAUAAUAGGUGCAAGAACAAUAGGAUGUAUUUGACCGGAUGCACAGAGAGUAUCAAAUAAGGAGAAUCCUUUUAACUGCUCAUUGCACAGUAAUGAGGCUACAAUUAUUAGUGAAGUUUGUGAGCUCCCACUGCUUCGUGGGUACAGAUGCAAAGUUUUUUUCAGACUUGUUUAAACUUCAUCCUCUAAA